AUGAAGCUGAAGAAUCCCUUGGGACUGUUCGCAUUGGGCGAGUUAAGAUGGAUGCUGGGGGGCUGUAGUGGCAGAGCGAUGUCGAACCAGGCGGGUAUGAAACAUGUGCCGACGGAGCCGGCACAGCUGGAGAACAAACGGUCACGUCGCCGUGCCGGCGGCAGGGCUGCGGCACUGCGCCGGGCCCCCUCGGACUCGGAUUGCUCCGGGGAGACCGCCUCCCUGUCGGCGGACAGCGCGGAGCGCGCCCCCAGGGCUCCGCCGGUGCCCACCAGGCAGACGAAGUCGCGAAGCAGUCGGAGGCGCGGCAGUGAGUGGGAGGUGCUGGAAGGUCUGAAGGACGGCCAGCGAUUCGAGAAGAGACCUGAGGUUUUCAACGGCUACCUGCACAAGAAGAGAAAAUGGCCGCUCAAGGGCUGGCACAAGCGCUUCUUCGUGGUGGACGGCGGCAUCCUGGUGUACGCGCGCUCGCCGUCGGACGUGGCGCGCGGGCGGCUGCACGGCUCCGUGGACGUGGGCCUCUCGGUGAUCUCGGCGAAGGCGCGCCGCCGGCGGGUGGACAUCGACGCGGACGAGUUCAUCUACCACCUGCGCGCGAAGACGCCGGACGCCUUCAGGACCUGGCUCAACGUGCUCAAGGCGCACCGGCUGUACCGCCAGCACCUGCUGACGUUCGGAGCAAGGGAGUCCGUGCCGAAGAUCCACGCGCCCUCAGAGGACCAUCAGCCCCCUGAAACGUCUUCGCAAUCUAUAUCGAGAACGGAAAGUUCCGUCGGUGGCAAAUAUAUCGAUUCGCAAUCCACUUGGCCCUCGUCCAUCAUGCCACCUUCCUCCCCUACAACCCAACGCCGAAAUUCACCCAAAGCUUAUCCACACAAAAAUCUCCAACGAGACGAUAUUGCACCGCUCAAAACGUUGAAACGACGCGAAAAAUCUCCAAAUAUACUGGUACAUAAGCACGGGAGCCUCUGCUCGAUGAACUGCUUAGCGAGAGCAAUGGACUGCAAAAAGAGACACGAGAACAACAAUUUUAACCCUAUCGUCCCAAAAGCGAACGGCAGAGAAGAAAUGGUCCCGCACAGCACCAACUUAGACGUUAGAACCGGCUCGACUUGUUUGGAGUCGUUAUUGUGCGCCCACUCGCUGAACUCCGAACGGCGGAUUCCGAAAAACACUGAGCCAGAAAGAGACAGAGCUAUGAGACAGACGAGGAGCGACGAGAAACGCGCGCUCGGCGUCGGCAACGCCGCGGUGACGCAAACGGAACCGGUCGUCUACUGUUUCACGCACAAGCCCCGAUCGAAGACCACGAACACCGAUCAGCCCCAGCUGAAGCGCAGCCGCAAAUCGACCAACAUGGUCAAGUACCGGAACUCGAGCAUCGAGCCGCGGCUCAGGAAGCCGCUGAGCAAGUGCAUGCUGCUCGGCAAAUACAAGCUCAAGGUGUCGCGCCAUUCGGACGCGAUGCCCGCUAGUGUUGUACGCGCAACGAAGAGCAAUGAACUGGCCAAGUGCGAUAAGAAAGGGAAACGGUUGGGGGAAGUCGGCACCGACGUCGACCGGGUGACCGACAAGCUGAUCGAGACCGUGUUCGAGAGCUACAGGAAGACAGACAGACGCAGCUGCGAGGACCACCUGAGGAGCUUCAUCGACCAGGUCGUCACGGAGCUGUACUGCUUCAGUUGCCAGCAGAGCGCCGACCACCCGGUGAAGGCGCUCUUCAAAUGCCUCCUCGAGUACUGGAUAAGGAACGCGUCGUUCGAAAGCUUAGGCGGGCGGGUCAAGGAGGUGAACAAACACUCCACCAGGGACCAGAACACCUCCAGCCUGUGCGUCCACAACUUCAGCAAGGGGACCCAGUUCGAGGAGUACUUUGACGCGUUGAGCAAGAGGAAAUCGAAGCAGUCGAUCGAGACCUCGCUCCUGAUGCGGAGUGGGCUGGUCGGCGCGGAUAGCUCCGACAGGGAGCGGCGAAUCCAGGAGCUGGAGAGGAUACUAAAUAACACCGUGUACUACUGCGAGAACGCCAACACGGCCAAGAGUCGAGAGAACGAUAUAAGGAUUACCAAGGCACUAAUCGAAAAUAUCGGCAAGAAGUCGCUAACAGACACUCCUUCGCAUAAACUUUUGGAUCACAAAAUCCCAUCUGAACUGCCAAAAUUACAGAAGACCAUCGAUAAUUUCCUCGACGAAGCCUCCAUCCCGCCGGAUAUGGCGAAAGACAUUUUAAGCGCGUAUUUAAACAUUCUAACGGAAGCUAGCGGGAACGACGCUUCUCGCAGUCUAUCGCCUAAGUUCGUGGAAGAAAGCCCCCAAAAAUAUGAAGCGAAAACGGAAUGCGUGCACAAGAAAGUAUCCAGAUGCGUUAUGACACAAAAAUGCGACGAAAAUAAACAGCCGGUACAAAACACUGAGGCCGUUGCAGAUUCCGGUCGGAUUUAUCUAAACGACAUACUGAACAAAAUAACAACCGAACCGGACAAUGUAUAUUUGAGGUCGAACAGUAAAGUUAAAAGAAUAACAAACACCGUUCACAAGUAUAGGCGCAUCGUAAAAGAGAAGUCGGAAACAUCGGCAGAGAAAACCUCCAAAGGGAAUCCAAAAGAAACUUAUAAAAGGAACAAUGUGGUAAUUUACCUCUCGAAAUAUAACCUUGAUCGUAUAUCGUCAACGAAACAUCCUUUGAUGAAUAAAAUUAUGUCAGUCUCGAUAAACAUCGAAUCAAAAUCGUCCAAGUUCGAGGGGGAGGCGUCAAAGGUUGACUUGAAAUGGACAGACAAAGGGAUGAAUCAAUAUCAAUAUGGGCGAGUACCUGACAUUUGGCAAUCCAACAUAAACAAACGCAUGUCGGAUUCCGAAGAAAUUUUCAGGAGCGUCUAUGGUCCAUCCGGUAGCCGGAUCGCGAAUAACUACCUAGAUUUCUAUUGGGACGAGCCAACCGAAAACAUCAACAUCAAACCAUUCUUCAGCAGCGGAGCGACGUCGAAAAUAUGCUUGACUGAUUUGCACAAUAGUGAAUUUCGUAUUCUUACUGUAAAUAAUAGUAACCCGACCGGUAGAAAUGCUAAUGCAGUAAGAAAAUCAUGCAAGUUACUUCAUGAUCCACAAUAUGAAGGUUCACCUAUAAAAGAAACAAUCCCUCAUAAUAAAUAUUUACAAGACAUUGCUAAAUCGUCGAAAGCACACAUAAUUCCGCCUCCACUCGAUGAUAAUAAACCAGUGCCUCAAGAAGAUGGAAUUCCCCAAGGUUUUAAUGAACAACUUAUCGUUUUGCUACUUAAUAAUUUAGCCACAGUAUACGAAUGCAUUCCCGCGCUACAUAGAGACGUAUAUAUUUUAUACCGAAAACUGUUCAAGGAGUUUGGGCAAUCUGUGAAAUCCUUUGAAGAAUUUGACUCUUUUACAAACGAAGUUGGUAUUCAAUGUACAGAUUUGAUACGUAACGUGAAAUCAAAAUCUGCCGACGCUGAAACAAAUACAAUAAACUUCUCGACUCUAUUAAAAAACAACAUACGCAUUUACGAGAAGACACAAAUCAGCCUUUCUCCAAUGAAACAAGUAACGCAUGUGGCACUUCAGACCGAAGAAGAAAAUCGUAUGGAACAUGCAAAAUAUACAUCGAGUAAAAGCGUUUCCAAUCAAAAUUGCUAUAGGCAGCUAUGCACCCGAGACAUUUCCAUCAACACCGCAAUAAAACUCAAAGAGUUCGGACGCACCAAUCGAAUAGGCGUCCCGUUCGCUAUUAAAAGGAAAUCGCCAAUUAGAAACGUUUCUAAACCAUGUGGUGCAUUGAAAAAUUCAAUUCCCAGACGGAACAUCGUCAGACAAUUGCCAAUACUGGCGUACUCUCCGAAAUCGUACGUCAUAAACAACUCGCUGUUGUUAAAGGAUAAGCUAUCGAAAGACUACAAUGUCUACCAGUUGUUCCUAAGCAACAAAUUCGCGGUCAAAGGUUCAAGCUCGCUGAUAGACAAUAGGGCUAAACUCCGAAGUAGUGGAGAUUUGAAAACACUGUACCGUUGCUCCAGCGAUCGGUCAUUCUUUUCUGGGCUUGUUAGCCCCGCGGGGGCGCCGCUGAGGGGCCCGCAGGCCGGCUUUGUGUCGGGAACGCCCGGCGGCCGAUUGGCUGGCUGGAUCAUAGAUUCGGGAGGCCCGCUGGAGAGCGCGUCCCGCGAUCUAGGCCAGGCGCAGCUGUCCGUUCAGCAGCUUCAGCGCUUGCUCGACGCUCUGGAGAUGCAGCAAGUGCAUCAUGACACCGAUGUGUCCCUGGAGGGCGCCUCGCCUAACGUGAAGAAGGACCGGCGCAAGUUCGGACUGAGGAAGAAGAAGUCGAACAGCAAGUGCGCAUCCGUCGAGCUGCAGCCUCCCCACAUGGACCCGUCCAAUUCGCACAUGGCGCUGUCCGCUCUGACGGCGCCUCCUUCGCCGGGAGGCGGGUCCUCCUCCAUCCCCAAUUCGGCGGCCUCGCUGCCCAUCGCAUGCGCGGCGACCCGCCCGCAGUCGUUGCCGGGGGCGGAGGCCCUUGGGGGCACCGCCGGUGGCGCCUCGCUGGUGAGCUUGACUCCUGACCACCAGUUGAGGGAAGACUUCGCUGUUCUGGCGAAGGAUCUCGUCGCCAGCCUCAAAGGGAUUGUUGCCACAUUGGUCUGCGAGAGAGGUCGGAUACGCGCAGCAGCGGAGGCUGGUGAGGCGGCAGGAGGGGCCGCCCUGGCUGCCCUCCGCUCCAAUUUGUCCACCGCCUUGCACCAGAAUUCCGAGCUGCGCUCCAGACUGUCCCGGAUCCACGACGCUUCGGACCUGGCCGAGAUCUCGUCAAUGGGGCCCUCGGAACAGCAGAACCGUCAGUUCCAGCGGUCGCUUAGCUACAGCUCGUCAUGCGUCUCCGCCUCUGAGUUCUUCGACGCGGAGGAGCACGAGGAGAAACCGGCAGAAAUCCUCGGCGCUGACGAGGCUGGAGUAAUAGAGCUGGAUGGGGACUCGUCCUCCGAGGCGGGCUCACUGAGCAGCGAGGAGGGCUCCGCUAGCUCCGAUAAUUCGGAAGCUGCAAUGGUGACGGCCGAGCCGGUGUCGCUGCACCUGACCGCCAACGGGUCCGCCGGCGGGGACACGGGCGUGGGCGUGGGCGUGGGGGCGGCGGUGGGCGAGCGCGGCCCCGGGCAGCCCCACGGCUGGGCGCGGCGCACCCGGCUGCCGAGCCCCAGGCCCACGCCGGGCGGGCCCAGCCUCUGGAACCUGCUGUACAAGAACAUCGGAAAGGACAUUGGGCAGAUCCGUCCGGGUAAGUAUCACGACCCCAGAGAAGCUUUCACUCCGGAAGGUUGGCAGCAUCACUGCCUCAAGCAUGUUAUUGAAGUUCACCCGUCCCACUAUGUGGAUUGGCCUCCGGAAAGUUGGCAUCUCUACCUGAAUGACGUUAUAGAAGUCCACCCGCGAACGGACGUCGCACCAUCUGCCCAGCCCACCACGUGUCAAGGUGCCCAUGGAGCAACAUUGGCACCUUGGCACCCUUCCGGAAAGUUGGAAACGUUCCAAAACGAACGUCGUCCUCCCCUCCAUGUCAACCGGCUGUGCGAAGAGCUGGAGUACUGCUCUCUGCUGGACGCCGCGUGCCAGUGCGGCGAGGCGGGCGAGCGCGCCGCGCUGGUGGCGGCGUUCGCGGUGAGCGCGUACGCGGCGUCCGCGCACCGCGCCGCCUCGAAGCCCUUCAACCCGCUGCUGCACGAGACCUACGAGUGCGUGCGCCCCGACCGCGGCUUCCGCUUCCUCGCCGAGCAGGUGUCCCACCACCCGCCGAUCUCGGCGUGCCACGCGGAGUCGCAGAACUGGACCUUCUGGCAGGAGGCGAGGAUCAGGACCAAGUUCUGGGGCAAAUCCAUGGAGUUCCAGCCGGCGGGGCGGGUGCACGUGCGGCUCAAGCCCACCGGCGACCACUACAGCUGGAACAAGGUGACGACCUGCGUGCACAACCUGUUCGGCGGCCAGCGCUGGGUGGACCAGUACGGCGACAUGCACCUCACCUGCCACGGCACAGACGUCAGCUGCAAGCUCAACUUCGUCAAGGCCAGCUCGUGGUCGGGCAGCCGGCACGAGGUGCGCGGCGCGGUGGCGUGCGGCGGCGCGCGGCUGCGGCUGGCCGGCCGCUGGUCCGAGGCGCUCUCCGCGGGCGACCCGCCCGCCGCGCGCUGCCUCUGGCGCCCGGGGGCGAUGCCGCCGGACCACGAGCUGUACUACGGGUUCACGCGCUUCGCGAUGGAGCUCAACGAACUGGAGCCGGGCAUGAAGGACGUGCUGCCCCACACGGACACCAGGCUCAGGCCGGACCAGCGCGCGCUGGAGGAGGGCGACGUGGAGAGCGCCGAGCGGCUCAAGCUGCAGCUGGAGCAGGCGCAGCGCGAGAGGCGCCGCGACCAGCCGGACCGGCCGCCCGCGUGGUUCCGGAAAGUGUGUGAGGGCGGCGAGGAGAUGUGGCUGUUCACGGGCGAGUACUGGAAGGCCAGGGAGGCGGGCUUCCCGGAGCUGGACGCGCCGCUCAUAUGCGCGUGCCGCAGUACGAGGUGCUCUGCUAGCGGCCGCCCGCCGCUUCCCCGCUUCGCGAUCGAUAAGUGCUUCACGAUUUUGGCCCUUACGUGUUGCGUCGACUGCGAACGACUCGUUCCCGCCGAGUUGCGGACGCAGGGGCGAGAUUGCCGCGUUCUAUUUCCGGUGCAUUUUAAUGUUAAGUUUAAUAUCAAUGAAGAGUUUGGCAAGUUGAUUGUACUUUUAUGCAUAGAAAAGCCAAAGUUAACAGUCUGCAGAAUGUCGAGUGCCUCAGUGAAUGUUAAGUUCCGCUGGGGCUUGACACCCUCAGAUCCUGAGCAGCAGCCAGUGCUGAUUGUAGGGCAAGCUGUGCAUUUGAACACACUGUCAUGGCAGAAUGUACGCUGCAAGCUGGAGCCCAGGGUCUCCGAAGAGGUUUGGCAGCGGGGCCUGGGCGUGGUCGCAGCUGGAGAGGCGUGCGAGCUAUGGCCACGGGGGGCCUCGCUGGCGGCUUUGCCGGCGCGCCGUUCCCGCCACGCUGCCCCUUCAAGGGCGCACGCCCUCUCCAAGAUCGUGCGGGCUGCUCAGAGGACCUCUGCCGCAGAGGAAUUUAUAGUCCUGGUAUGCCGUAAACGGGACGUGCUCGCAAGCGCAGUGGGAAUAGCACGUGCCGUGCCCCAGUUCAGCGCGCGGUCGGGCUCCGCCCCGCUGGGCACUGCGCCCCAGGCACCCGCCCCCUCUCGCAGGGACCUCACCGUGGAGAUCGUUCUGGUGGCUGACGAUAGACGCGAGGGUGAUUCCGACGACGAGGGCGUUGGUUCGUUGGACCCAGUACUCCUGGAGACCACGCUCAAUGACGAUGAGCUGAGUACGAUCCAGCGCGUUGCAGACAUGACCCGCCUGGCAGCCCGCAUAACAGACACUCCCGCCAACCUAUUCCAUGUCGACGACUUUGUCGAGGAGGCGUGCAAGCUGGCGAAGGAGCUGGACAUCGCCGAGCCGACGGUGAUUCGGGGAGAAGCCCUGCGCGAGAAGGGAAUGGGCGGGCUGUACGGCGUGGGCAGGGGCGCAGCCCGGCCGCCGGCGCUGGUGUCGCUCACUUACGAGGGCGCAGGCGCCACCGGCGGCGUGGCAUGGGUGGGCAAGGGCAUAGUCUACGACACCGGAGGCCUCAGCAUCAAAUCCAGGAGCGCCAUGGUGGGGAUGAAGGGCGACUGUGGGGGCGCUGCAGCAGUAUUAGGAGCAUUCGGAGCGCUGGUGCGCCAGAAACCAAAAAUGCGGCUGCACGCGGUGCUCUGUUUGGCCGAGAACUCGGUGGGACCGGAUGCCACCAGACCCGACGAUAUCCACCAGCUCUACUCCGGUCGAACUGUCGAGAUCAACAACACCGAUGCAGAAGGACGUUUGGUGUUGAGCGACGGAGUGGUAUACGCCCAGAGGGACCUAAAAGCUGAUACCAUAGUUGAUAUCGCCACACUGACUGGCGCACAGGGCACCGCCACCGGCAAGUACCACGCGGCGGCGGUGUGCAACAGCGCGCGGCUGGAGCGCCGCUGCGUGGCGGCCGGCGCGGCCUCCGGCGACCUGGUGCAUCCGCUGCCCUUCGCGCCGGAGCUCCACUUCCCCGAGUUUAGCAGCGUCGUCGCCGACAUGAAGAACAGCGUCGCGGAGCGGAACAACGCUCAACCCUCCUGCGCUGGGCUCUUCAUACUCUCCCAUCUCGGGUUCGACUUCCGCGGCGAAUGGCUGCACAUCGACAUGGCCUCACCGGCUCAUUCGGGUGAGAGAGCCACUGGCUACGGAGUUGCCUUGCUGAACGUUCUCUUCGGAGGUCACAGCAACAGCCGUUUACUGCGUGCGUUGUCACCUGGUGACCUCACCGAC